GUUGAACCCGACUACCAUAUAGUGAAACCCCUCUAUCAGCACCUAUACUCUAUCAGUGCUCUUAACAUGGUUAUAAUUACCCUCCAUACCUACAGUUAAGUAUUACGUAGUAGCUGAAUAAGCUUGCACUGACAAGCAAUGGCAAGGCAUGGUCGGUUCGUGUUCUGCUGGUUCACUAUGAAGUUUAUGCGCACACACAGAGCAAAGCAUUAAGCUUUUCAAUGAGACAUUUGUGCCGGAGUAAAGGCAAAAGCCAUGCAGGCAGGAGAGCUUGGCUGCUUUUUGUAGCCGACAGUCGGAUGCUUCAACACAUGCACUGUACCUACUUUUAAAACGCGCCGGCCAAUCAGGCAGGUUUCUGCUCGUCCUGGUAACACAAAAGAGACGCAGCGUCUGCCUAAAAGUGAUGGACCAUGUGCGUGUUUGCCGCCACGUCGCUGCAUGUUUUCAGUAAAUCUCUGCCCCAAUAACUGGCGCGAGCGAAAUCGUUCUUGGAACAACCGCUGUCGGUGUACACACACCAACCAUACAUACCUUCUGUAAUCCCGGAAAGGCGGAAACCUGGGCCGAGCCGCAUUGCUCGCGUCCACGUCCGCAGAUGCAAUAGGCGAAAAAACACGUGUUUCAUUCGCCGAAAUCGAAAAGAGCACUAAUCCUUGUUGGUUUAAUUUAUGCGAAGCGUGUGCUUAGCAGCCGGGGGUGCUAGUCGCAGUCGCAUGCAUGCAAGCCACAUUCCGCUUGCCUCUGUCGCUCGUCGAACUUCUUUGCUCGGCUCUCGCCAGGAGACAGAAAAUACAACCGCCAUCCUCGAAAGUGCUAUUCUUGAUCUUUCUGCACCUGGUGGGUUGUGUAACAACCAGUGUAAAACACUCCUGCUGGAAUCUGAUUUCCUUGCAACGGCCGACAAAUCAGGGCACCUGGGUGCCGUGGAGGUACGGCCCAUUCAUCUAGAUCCUUCUGUUCACGUACACGUUUUCUCAUCUCGGCAUGCAUUUCCACUUCUCCAGCAAACAUCCCUUUCUUCCUCUGUUGUGAUCCGUGAGUCUCGGCGGUGCACACGAUGGCAGACGUACAGCAGCCGUCUACCGGCACUUGUGUGUCUGGAGGGAGUGAACAGGAAAAUCAGUCGAUAAGGCCGUCGUCCCUUCAAAGGUCAGGACCAGCAGACGCCAAAUCUUCUGCGUCUUACCAACACAUGAGUAACGGAGUCGGACUACCAAAACUACGUGGUGAAGAAACUGCCGUGCCUCCCGAGGCAAUAAAUUACAAACCAACUCCCGACGAAGUUUAUAAGCCAGUUGGCAAUGGCGCGUUUGUUCGACUCAUUUUUGGGGACCUGCCUCUCACGCCCUACGAGCUGGGUGAAGUGACGAAGGUGAAGGAGGCACUGAAGAACGAACCGAACAUGUUUGUUGACACCGUUUUCUCGGACGACCGCUACGUUGUUCGUUUUCUUCAAGGGAACAACUGGGACGUCGAGAAAUGCAUCACGGAUAUGAGGAGGCACCUGGUGUGGAGAAGCACGAAUCUGCCUGUCUCCGUAGCCACAGUGACACCGCAUUUGAGCAAAGGAUUUUGCUACGUUUUUGGACGAGACAAGUGUCUUCGUCCAAUUUUUAUCAUUCGCUGCAAAGAGUUCAUCAACGCAGAACCGGAGUCGGUGCUUCCUGUCGUGCUCUUCUGGAUGGAGACGAUGAUCCACAAGCUGCUCGUGAAAAACAGAGUGGAACAGUGGCGAGUCAUUAUUGAUCUGGAUCAGUGCUCCGCCUUCAGCACGCCGGCGUUUAUCCUCAAAGAGAUAGCGGACACGCUUACCCGGAACUACCGAGGUCGCCUGAGCCAAAUGCUGAUCAUCAAGUCUAGCUUUGUUUUUUGGGGGAUGUGGCAGCUUGUCAGCGUUGUCCUACCGGAGCGAACAAAGCAAAAGAUUUGUUUGUAUACAUCCAACUUCCAGAAUGACUUGUUUUCCCACGUUAACAAAAACCAAGUAGAAGAGCGCUACGGGGGAACCUGCCCUAACGUCAAGGAGUUCGACGGUAUCUUUAUGCCGCCUGGUCCGUUUUCAUGAGCGUGCUUCGAAUUCGUGCCAGCCGCUGUGGCACCUGCUUGUCGCUGCAAAUGAAGACAGUCGGUGCGCAGUCGUCGAUGAUGUGAGAAGACAGAAAAUGUCACCAAAAAAAUCGACUUGUGUUGUGUUUACUGAGAGUAUGCGUCUGAAAAAUGUGUUUGUUGGAAAGUUUCAAUUUUUGUUGUUUGCCGAGAACACUGUCGCCCGCGCCUCACAAUCGUUUCUAGUCUGACUUUGAAAAACUUAUUUUUAUCAUUGUACCCCCACGCGUGAAGUGGUCUGCAAGUUAUUCUCGGUUUGGUACUCAUGCGUCAUUUGAUGAGAAGACCUUCUGCAAGUCGAAGGGCGGAGCAAAUGACAACUUUGUGGACGACUUUCCCUCAUGUAGUUUUUGGCUGUGGAGAAUACAGGGAAAUGCUUUCAUCCCCCUGAAGGUGGUAAACCAGGUGAUGGCCAAAACAUUCGUUAUGCAACACAAACAGUCGUAC